ACUUUAAACAUUCAGAAAGUUUGUCCAUUGCGCCUCCAUGCGGACGGUGUCUGGAAGAAAGUCGGCGACUACAUCUCCCAGAAGCACUCGCGCGUGACGUCACAGCCGCAGCAACAGGAAGUGUUCCAACUGAGCCGUUGCUGUAAGAUAAGGAAUGACCUGUACACUGGAGAAGGUGCUGGCCGAUGCCAAGUCACUGGUAGAGCGGCUCCGGGAUCAUGACAGUGCUGCUGAGAUCCUGAUCGAACAAACCACGCUGCUGAACAAGAGAGUGGAGGCCAUGAAACAGUACCAGGAAGAGAUUGAGGUGUUGAACCAGGUGGCGAGACACCGGCCGCGCUCCACGCUGGUCAUGGGCAUCCAGCAGGAAAACCGGCAAAUACGGGAACUGCAGCAAGAAAACAAAGAGCUGCGCACGUCACUGGAGGAGCAUCAGUCUGCGCUGGAGCUCAUCAUGAGCAAAUACAGAGAGCAGGUGUUUCGCCUUCUGAUGGCCGGCAAGAGAGACGAUCCUGCUAUUGUCACCCAGCUCAGAGAACAGCACACUAAUGAGAUGCAGGCGCACAUUGAGAAAAUAAACGAAAUGGCCACGGUGAUGAGGAAAGCCAUCGAGGUGGAUGAAGGACGACUGUGUGAGGAUGAGGAGAGAAUCAAACGUCUGGAGCUGGAGAACGGCGGUCUGCGAGAGCUGUUGGGAAUCAGCCGCGAGGCCUUUCUGGUGCUGAAGAUGGACGACACGUCUGACAGCACAUCUCUCUCGCCGCUGCUCACCAGCACAGACGUCAGUCUGAGGAAGAGCUAAAGGCUGUCAGAGACUCUGAGUUUAUAAACCAUCGUUCAGAGCUGCCCUACAAAUCCCACAAUCCCCCAUUACAGGGUCACACGCACUCACUGCGCAACCUGGAUGUCCAUCAGUCAUUCCGCAUGAGGGGUUUUGCAGGAAGGGCCUGUGGAAUCUGUCAAACACUGAGAUCCGAUUACUUUUACAUGUCUCCAUCAUCAUGGCUUCAGUCUGGAAAAGUCAAAUCGACCGAUUCAGCCAAAUGAAAACACGAAUCAUUUUUGGAACAGUAAAAUUGGCAUAUUGUGAAUGAUUACUUCACCUGAACAUGAGACUUUGUAAAGGGAAUGUCACAAUGUGCCAUUUUAAUGAAAAAGCUUGUUUUUUGCUUGUGUAACUGUUUUAUGUGGGUAUGAGAGGAAGUAGCAUUGAAAGUAAUUAAAACCAUUGAAUGAACUGGCUAUGUCCUUCUCUAGGUUCAUGCACAGAGUGUUGAAUAACUACUCAACACUUCAGGUUUUACACCAUCUUUAAUUUAGUAUUCAAUUAUGUGCGUUAUUGCAUAUAAAUUUAUAUUUUAUAUAAAAUGCAUUGCAAAUGCUGUUUCACAUCGACUUUGAGCUAA